AUGGGAGAUGCUUCUCAUGCGUCUCAUGUUAGGUCUCGUACUUAUGCUGAUCAGGUGAAGGGGAAGCAACAACUUCCAACAACAUCUAUUGAUCUUAGUUCUUUACCAUUGCCAACGCUAAAAGAAGGCAAACCUGCGGUUGUUUUACCUGAGUCUUUCUAUUUGGAAGGUUGUGAUAUUUGGAAAUUCAGUCUUAUUGGACGUUUAGAUUUCAAAGGAAUUACUUUCCAAGAGGUGAAAGAUGAUUUGGAACAUCAAUGGCAGCUAGGUCAAGGUGUGGUUCAGUUAAUUCCUAUGAGUAGAGGUUUCUUCACCAUCAAGUUACAAUCCCAAGCAGCAAAAUACAAGCUUUUGAAUGCUGAAGCUUGGUUUUUUAGACAUCAAAAGCUAUCCCUAAUUGAAUGGUUUCCUGGUUUUGAUGCUGAGAAACAAAGAUCAUCUCAUGCUUCCGUGUGGGUUUCUUUUCCAGGGCUUCCAUUAGAAUUCUGGACAGAAAAAAUGUUAUUGUCCUUCGCUAAAUCAUUAGGAACUCCAAUUGUGGUUGAUAGCCGUACUCUUGCUCAUGAAUAUGGUCACUUUGCAUCAGUUCUGGUGGAUAUAAAUUUUGCUGAAGCAGCUACUGAUGCUAUUCAUAUUACGGUUGGGGGUUUAGAUUCUUGGCAAUCUGUUGAGAUUCAAAAAAUUCCAAAAUAUUGUUCCAAGUGCAAGUUGAUUGGGCAUACUGAUCAUGAAUGUAGGAAGCAGCACAAGGAAAAUACUGAGCGAAAACUUGUGGUAAGCAAACAAGUUAGCGUUGAUGAAUCUCAACCUGGCGUGAGCAAUAUUCCUCAACAUGCUGGAGGGGAAUGUCAAGUGGCUAGGCGUAAGAAGAAGGGUAAGAAAAAGGCUCAAAACGUCAAUGUAGUUGUCCGUGAUGUUGUUGACAAUAGUGCUGGUGAAGAAGCUGGUGUGGAGUUUGCUGCUAAGCUGGUGAAGGCUCAGCAGUUGGAGAUUCCUAAACCUGUUAGGAUUGUGACCGCAACUCCAACUCUUCUUUGUGAUCAGCUUACGGCUGGGGAGUUCCUUUUGAUUAGAAACAGAUAUAAUGCUAUUGAAACAAUUCAAGAUGUGGUGGAGAGUUCAGAUGAUGCAAAGUUUAGGGCUGAUCAAGAAGCUAGGCGUGUUCGCAUGCAAUCCAUGCACAAGGUAGUGAAUACUACUGAUGUUAGGAAUGCUUCAGAUUCCGAGUCUCUUCAGGAUUCCAAUUUGAGAAUUUGUGCUGAAAAAGGAAGUUUACCAAGAUUAAAUUCUGGUGCAACUUCUCAGAUUGAUACUAACUCCUCCAAAACUGGUUUUUAA